AUGUCGUGCAUAGCAAACUUCUUCACCUAUGAAACCACCAAAUCGGUGGUGGUAAAGAGCUGGACCGUCGGCGUGAUCAACCGGGCUGUCCAGCUGCUCAUCAUUUCGUACUUCAUUGGGUGGGUGUUCCUGCAUGAGAAGGCCUACCAGAUAAGGGACACCUCCAUUGAAUCAUCUGUCGUGACAAAAGUGAAGGGGUUUGGCAACUACAGCAACCGCAUUAUGGAUACAGCAGAUUACGUCACACCUCCACAGGGGACAUCAGUCUUUGUCAUCAUUACCAAACUCAUUGUGACGGAGAACCAGGUGCAAGGCUUCUGCCCUGAGAAUAAUCUUCGAUACCAGUGUACCUCAGACCGUGAGUGCAAGAAGCCAGUCUCCGUCACUGGAGGUGGAAUAUUAACAGGCCGAUGUGUCAAUUUCAAUGCUACUUUUCGGACCUGUCAGAUCCAGGGCUGGUGCCCAUCAGAAAUGGACAAUGUGGAUGUACCUGUAAUGCUAGAAGCUGAAAACUUCACUCUCUUCAUUAAGAAUAGUAUUCGCUUUCCACUGUUUGAUUUUGAAAAGGGAAACCUGCUACCCAACAUCACAGCAGAAGAUAUCCAGAAAUGCCACUUCCAUCCUUUAAAGCAACCCUUCUGUCCAAUCCUGCGCCUUGGGGACAUUGUAAAAUUUGCAGGGCAAAACUUUACAUCGCUGGCAAAGACGGGUGGGAUAAUAGGGAUCAAGAUUGGAUGGGUGUGUGAUCUGGAUCAUUCUUGGGAGCACUGCAUUCCCAGUUAUUCUUUCAGCCGGCUCGACAGCGUCUCCGAAAAGAGCAAAGUUUCUAGUGGCUACAAUUUCAGAUAUGCUAAAUAUUACAAGCAAGAGAAUGGCACAGAGUUUCGCACCCUGAUGAAGGCAUACGGCAUUCGCUUUGAUGUUCUAGUAUAUGGAAAUGUAAGUGAGGCAGGUCAAACCUGCACAUCUUGGAGCACGGGGCUGCUGAAAUCUAGUGGGGGAGGAAUUCAAACAUAA